ACCCACAAUGGGGAACGAAACGCGCCAGAAGCUUUCCCUUUGGGGAAAGCUACGGCAGAAACCCGUUGCAGUAGGCGCCUAAUUCUGGGGCCUGAAUCGCCCGCCACCAAGGGGACGAAGGCAGCUGGACUGCGCACGAGUGAGGGGAACAAGAGACCGAGAGAGCUGUUGUCUGAGAUCUGCCACCAGAGCUCCGCCGCAGCUCAGCUCGUGAUCCGGCGCGGAGAUUCAUUCGCGGCGGGAGGGCAAGUCAAAUCGCUGCACUUUUUGAGCACCUUUGGCACUCACUGGUCCUGUCUUUUGCCCGCCAUUUUAGCGAGAGCGAUUGUUUCAACUCGACAGAAGCAAUUUCUCGGGGUUUGGUGUGCUCUUGUAGCUUUUGAAAGGCGGUGGAGGAUUCAUUUUCCCCGGGAGGAGUUGGCGACCAGUGCUUGACUUUCUUACGACGCUAGAAAUUUCUGCAAGUGAGAGUUCACGCUGAAAGACGUCCACGUAGAGUAACAGCAAUCAAGAGCUUUCCCAAUCUACUCUGCUCUCGGGUGGGGAAAAGGCUGGUCACUUGUGACUGAAUCGGAAGGAGUCGCUAAUUUAAAUUUUGGUAAAAUGGGAGGAAAUUCUUUAUUUUCUGGGCUGCCUGCUCCUGCUCCUCUUCCCAGUGACCCCGUGGAUCCUUCUUUGAUACGGCCAGAACCUGUACCUCCAGGGCCAUCAAUCCUAGCGUCUGCAGCUUCGGCGAAACGAGCUGCUGAAAAGUCCGGCAAGGAAGGGGCUAAGCGAGUGCGCUUUCAGAGUAAUGAAGUAGAGGCAAGUGAAGAGCAGGUUCUAGGAGCAAUCAGCAAAAUUGCUUCUCAUAUAAGUAAUCCAACAAAGUUUUCGAAGGCUUCUAAACUUGCAAUUCAGCUUUUGCAAGGAGAGAUAUUGCAAAAGUCAUCUGAUGUUGCAGAUGCAUUCUUUGAAAUUUUAAGAGCCGCUAUGGCUUCACCAUCUCAGGCCGUUAACAUGAAACUGUGGGCAGAUUACCAGACUUUGUUCAAGGGUGUGCAAGACAAACUCGAGGCAUUUGAUGCUUCUCAGCAAGCCCAAAUAGAAGUUUGGGAGUUGUGGGCAAAUCUAGCCAACGAGUUUCGCACAGACGACACCUAUGUGUUUUCCAAAGCUGCGUCACGUGUGCGUCAGUCCAUCGAUUCUCUUCCGGAGGCCACAGAAGAAGAUGAACUAGCACCCGAAGAGAUUGACACAGGCUCCGGGGACCUGUGUGGGCCCGAUGCUUCAAGUAACAGAGGUGCGAAUAGUGUACCGAUGAAAGCAGACGAUGGUAGAGAGAGCGAGUCUUGUGAGCCGGUUGUGGAGAGUGACCCCUUUGGCCUGAAUGCGUUGUUGCCAAGGCCGUCUAAAAAGGAGGAAAGAGCCCGUAGAAAAAGGGACGAGGAAGCGGCCAGCAAGAAAGCUCAGGAGGAUGCCGCGAGGAUGCUAAGAGAACAACGGGAGGGUCUACUAGCUUGUCUGAAACUUGCGGCAGAUCACUACAAACUGCCUUGGGCCCAGACGAUCAUAGACAUACUCGUCAAACACGCCUUUGAGAAGCUGAGUAAGUUCACUGUUCCUCAACGGAAAGCAGUAGAACAGCUGUGGGGUUCUAUUCGAGAGCAACAAUCACGACGGAGGCAAGGCAAGUCAACAACUGGAAAACUCGAUGUGACCCCCUUUGAGCGACUACAGAGCCAAUACGCAAAUGAGCGGAUAAGCAUUAGAAGGGCUGUUGGUUCCAGUGGUGAACGGUCUGCUGAACAAUGGCUCGGUUAAGCUGCAAGGUAUGGUGCCGGAUGGUACUUACUUUGAGAUAGUCUGCUUGGCGGCACUCUCAUUGGAUCAUCUGUGUCGACACUUUCAUCAGCAGAAAAUACUGGUGACUGACACAUCAGCUUUUUUCCAGUUUGGUCCUCAUUUAAUCAGUGCUUACAGGAUCAAAUGGGAGGGACUCCACUUUUCGACCUUUCACUCACAGAAACAUAAUUAAAAAAUUGGGGUCCCUUCACUGUCUGCUGCUACACAUCUUCAUGUCCUCGGUUCAUUCACUGUCAACAACAAAAUCAGCCAAACAGCAGAAAUGUGUAGAUUUCCGCCUAAUUAUCUGCUAUCCAAGUUCCUGCUAACCGUUAAACGACUUGUCCUGUGCUCAGGACCUACAGAUGCCAUUAACGUUUGCAGCUGUAGCAAGAAGGGCUUGUAGAGCCUAUUUCUCUUAUUCUUCGGUCAUUUGACAACGAUGAUCAUUUAUACAUGGUAUGGUAUUCCUCUUCCUAGACACAUGGCCUUCAUGUUUUAGCUGUCAAACACUCAUCCAGACUCUCAGUUGGUUAUGCCCCUCAGAAACCUUACCUAAGUAGUUCACAUAGAAGCCCAGCCGCAUGUUCUUUGUUUCAUCUCAACUAUAACUUGUUGGUCAUUUGACGUUUUUUUUUCUUUUUCUAAUCUGAUUUGAAGUACCAAUAACUGUGAUUCAUUCUCUUAUUAGAUUAGGCUUCUUACGUCCAGCGGACCAUGAUCACAUCCACACUAGCAGCUUCAAUUAUCUACCAGCUUACCGAAGGCAAUGAAGAGUUUUGUGCAGAUGGCGGCCAAAUCCUUGCAGUUAGCUUUUUCUAGCCGACUGAAUUAUUUACAAGACUAGAUAUUAUGGUUAGACUUGAAAGGGCCAGAUGCCACGCUUGCUUGUUCGUGGCUCAUGAUAUUUAAGUGGACGACACCAUUACAGUCCCAUGUAGAAGUUCAGUGAAAAAGCACAUAACUCAUGGGAUGAGGAUCUCUUUUUAGUGUGGCAGCUUAGUCCAUGCACAUAAUUUAUUGAUCAAGUUCAUAGGUAAGUGGGUGCCAUUGGACUAGAGAAUAUGUAGGAGGAAAGUUCACACGAAAUUGUAAAUGCAAACUAUAUACGGAGUACAUGGAUCAGUGAAACGUUUACAUGUUUGGUUCAAGCUG